UGCAGCUCUGGCCGCCGAGUGAGGGGCGGGGGGGGCCCCGGGGCGCGCGGCCCGAGACCCCCCCGGCCGCCCUCCUCCUUCCUUUGUUCCUGUGGCUGGGGGGGUAUCCCCUCUCUCCACAACAUGGAGCCAUCUCCUAUGUCGCCCAGUGGGGCGGCACUCCCCCUGCCUCUGUCGCUGGCCCCACCCCCACUGCCCCUGCCAGCAGCUGCGGUGGUACACGUGUCCUUCCCUGAGGUGACCAGUGCCCUCCUGGAGUCCCUUAAUCAACAGCGGUUGCAGGGUCAGCUCUGUGAUGUGUCCAUCCGAGUGCAGGGACGGGAGUUUCGGGCUCAUCGGGCUGUCCUGGCUGCUUCUUCUCCUUACUUCCAUGACCAGGUCCUACUCAAGGGCAUGACCUCCAUCUCACUGCCCAGUGUCAUGGACCCAGGUGCCUUUGAGACUGUCCUGGCAUCUGCUUACACUGGCCGCCUCAGCAUGGCUGCUGCUGACAUUGUCAACUUCCUCACAGUGGGGUCUGUGCUCCAAAUGUGGCACAUUGUGGACAAGUGCACUGAACUCCUCCGAGAGGGCCGAGCCUCAGCCGCUACCACCAUCACUACUGCUGCAGCCACCUCUGUUACUGUCCCUGGUACCAGCGUCCCAUCAGGGAGUGGGGGCACUGUGGCCCCUGCCAUGGGUUCAGUGCGUUCCCAUACCUCCAGCCGGGCCAGUGAGAAUCAGUCUCCCAGCAGCAGCAACUACUUCAGCCCGAGGGAGUCCACUGAUUUUUCAUCUUCUUCCCAAGAGACAUUCGUAGCUUCUGCAGUGGGCAGUGGGGAGCGGAGAGGAGGUGGCCCUGUAUUCACAGCCCCAGUGGUCGGUAGUGGGGGUGCCACUUCUGGGAAACUACUUCUGGAGGCAGAUGAACUGUGUGAUGAUGGUGGGGAUGAGAGGGGGGCAGUCGUUCCUGGGGCUGGGCUCCGGCGGCCUACUUACACACCUGCCAGCAUCAUGCCACAGAAACACUGGGUAUAUGUUAAGCGGGGUGGAAAUUGCCCCACACCAGCAUCUCUGGUUCCCCAAGACCCAGAUCUAGAGGAGGAAGAAGAGGAGGAAGAUCUGGUGUUAACCUGUGAGGAUGAUGAGGAUGAGGAGCUGGGGGGUGGCUCUGGGGUUCGAGUAGGGGGAGGACCUGAGGCUACUCUCAGUAUCAGUGAUGUUCGGACACUGACUGAACCUCCAGACAAGGGGGAGGAGCAGGUCAACUUCUGUGAGUCUUCCAAUGACUUUGGCCACUAUGAAGGUGGAGGUCCUGGGGGAGGGCUUGAUGAAUCAGGGGGGCCCACCCCUUCCUCCUAUGCCCCCACUCAUCCUCCACGUCCCCUUCUGCCCUUGGACAUGCAGGGCAACCAAAUCCUGGUCUUCCCAUCGUCUUCAUCUUCCUCCUCCUCUUCCUCCUCCCAGGCUCCAGGCCCGCCACCAGGGAACCAAGCAGAACAUGGGGCGGUGACCCUGGGAGGCACAUCAGCGGGGGGCCUGGGCGUACCCAGUAGCGUUGGUGUUGCUGGCGGGGCCCCUGGAGGGACCGGAAGUGGGGAAGGGAAUAAGAUUUUUUUGUGCCACUGUGGGAAGGCCUUCUCCCACAAGAGCAUGCGGGACCGGCACGUGAACAUGCAUCUCAAUUUGCGACCCUUCGACUGCCCCGUAUGCAACAAGAAGUUCAAGAUGAAACACCAUCUGACCGAGCACAUGAAGACGCACACAGGUCUCAAGCCCUACGAGUGCAGCGUCUGCGCCAAGAAGUUCAUGUGGCGAGACAGCUUCAUGCGUCACCGGGGACACUGUGAGCGCCGGCACCGAAUGGGCGGGGGCGGGGCUGGACCCGGAACCGGACCCGGACCCGGGGCGCCCGCUGGGCCAGCCUUGCAGCCCAAAAGAGAGUCCUCCGGAGCAGGCGGGGGCAGUGGCGAUGAGGCGAAUGGGGCUACGCCCCCGUCCAGCAGACGCGUCUGGUCCCCACCCAGUGUCCACAAGGUGGAGAUGGGUUUCAAUGGGGGUGGAGGAACAAACUGAAGAGUUAGGCAGUUGAGGUA